ACGAGAGUUCCUCAACUCCAGCUCUACUCCAACUCCUCUUCUCCGUUGGGAUUGGGAGAAAGGAACGGACCCUUUUCAUCCCUCCUCCCAAGAGUGCGUUGCCUUUCUUCUGCAGCAUGGUGAGCGGCGGGGCUCGCGUGUGUCUGGGCUGUGCCUGGGAGAGCCGGGCCAGCCACAGUCAGGCCGCCUGAGCUCCAGCCCCGGGCCCGUGCCACCGCUCCAUGCACUACAGAAGCCCCAGCAGCUGCUGCGGGAGCCACCAACAUGAGCUGCAGAGAGGGGACUGACAGCAGCUGCGGCUGCGGUGGGCGCGAUGAAAACAGGAUCCUGAAGUGCGUGGUGGUCGGGGACGGCGCGGUGGGGAAGACUUGCCUGCUGAUGAGCUACGCCAACGACGCCUUCCCGGAGGAAUACGUGCCCACUGUGUUUGACCACUACGCAGUUACCGUGACAGUGGGAGGCAAGCAGCACCUGCUUGGACUGUACGACACCGCGGGACAGGAGGACUACAACCAGCUGCGGCCCCUCUCUUACCCCAACACCGACGUGUUUCUCAUCUGCUUCUCUGUCGUGAACCCUGCCUCUUACCACAACGUUCAGGAGGAGUGGGUCCCGGAGCUGAAGGACUGCAUGCCUCACGUGCCUUACGUGCUCAUUGGGACCCAGAUUGAUCUCCGAGAUGACCCCAAAACCUUGGCGCGUCUGCUGUACAUGAAGGAGAAGCCCCUCACCUAUGAGCACGGCGUGAAACUGGCGAAAGCGAUAGGAGCUCAGUGCUACUUGGAAUGCUCUGCCCUGACUCAGAAGGGUCUCAAAGCUGUUUUUGAUGAAGCCAUCCUCACCAUUUUCCACCCCAAGAAAAAAAAGAAAGGCUGCCACGGCUGCUGUGUAAUCAUCUGAAGUUGCCUGAGACCCGUCUCUCCGCCAUGCAAAGAGGGAAGCCAGUCUCUGAGAACCAACGCUAGCCGAAAGGAGGGCGUGACCAGAAAGGAAUUCCUGCAUCCUCAAAGCCUGUCCCCACACCCUGCCAAUUCCCCAGCUCAGUAUCCUGUAAGCCACUGCCACAGCCCCAAGCCAGCCAGACAUCCACACUGCGCAUGGAGAAAGCAGAGGCUCGUUCAAACCGCAGGCUGGCGAGGUGUUGGAAGCCGAGUGAAGAUCCGUCCAGUAUUUCACAUCUUCUCUCUCACGGUUAUGAACCAACCGGAAGUCAUGACGGGCAAACCAAGUACUCUCUGUCCUGAACCAAUGGCCUUAGUUCAUGUCUUCACCAACCUUGGGAAUACGACAACUUUUUUUUUUCUGAGUCUUUUACUCAAGCCCCUUGCCGUUCAUUUAUUUCUACUGCAGUUUCCUGUUGUCCAAUCACUUGAGCCUUACAAAUCCACAUCAAAAUAACCGAAAGACAAGCUGGAUUGUGUUUAUGCCAACUGACAGUGGCUCUCUGCCAAUGUUCUUAGAGCUGCCAUGUACCUCUGAAUGCCUAAUUACAAAAAAAAAAUUACAACUUUUAUAAACUGACAGACCCAUAAUGUUUUUAACCUUUUUAAAAGAAAGCAUCCUGUGAAUUAUUACAGCUCCCCGAGUUUGGCCAAAGAUCAACCUACAAAUGCUGCAGGUGAUAGGGGGUCUGCUCUUGCAAAGCCUUACUGUCAUUCAAAAACGGACUGUCGUGGAAGAAACCGUUUUCUACUCCUCCUCUAAACUGGUCAGGACAAUAAUAGAGCAAAGCUAUCUUCCCACUGCAGGAGAGUGAGCCUGACCCACCCUGUUCAUGUAGUAUCUUCACUUUUUCUCCUGUGCCCACUGUGUUCCCAGUCAAAGCUUGCCAAAAAAAAAAAAAAAAAAAAAAA